UCAAGCCCAAAUAAAUUGGGCACAAUCUGCUGCCAGCUCUAACCAUUUACUUGGUAGGUCUUCUCUUCUUUCAUCGUUCAUAUUUCGCGCCUAUUCUCUUCACUCGAUCAAUUGAUUAUACUCCACUGGGGAAGUUUCAGAUUACUGUCCGACAAUGAGGUGAAUCUCCUGAUCAGCUACUGACAUGAGGAAGCCAAAGAGAGUGCGGUUUGUAGGUGAUGAAUUGGGUAGUGUUCCUGUGCGCGAUUCUCCAGAAAGGCAUGAAGCAACUGCUGCUGAGUCCCCAAGAUCCGAUGAUGCCCCCAAAACUUCAGAAUUUGCGUAUUUCAGGAAGGUGAAGAGUCGGGUCAUUCACGGCCAUUCUUGUUCAUUGGGUCAAGAGAACGGAAAAUUAAAGAUCCCCAAAAUUAGUAGCCUUAUUAAAGAGACAAAUCAUGUUUCUGAUAUAAGUGUGACACAUACCUGCACAAAGGAUUUCAAAUGCUCAGAUAGAGGAGAAAGAGCAGGACCAUCUGACCCUAACCUUUUCCUAUCACCACGUGUUGAGAAAACUGAUAAAAACCAAAAUAUGUUGUCAUCUGUCUAUGAGAAUGAUAAAUCUGUUGGUCAGAGUUUGCUGCUGUCACCAGCUCAUGAAGCAUCAGAGGACUCAGAAAAUGAAUAUGGCGAGAACAGAAUAUUUUCUGCAAAGAGACGCAGACUACAGCAGUGGGCUGCUCAUACUUUAUUUCCAGAAACAGAGAAGCCUGUUCCUAAAGGGUUCGAUUUUGUUUCUGCACUGAUGAACCGGUUGUUCCCUAAAAACAAUGGCGAUAACGACAUAUCAGAAAGAGAGGCAAAUAACAGCAGUAAAUCCCUCAUACUUCACAAGUCUAAUCCUCCGGACAAGGGACUUCAUUUGUCUCAUAAAUGGGAUUGGAAUAAGUACAUAACAAAUACUAGUCCUGGCAGACCAAAUGGAAUUAUAAUUUCAGAACCCGAUGCCUUAGUUUCUCAAUUCCCUUCUCACAAUUAUGUUACAGAAACUCUAGUGCAGAAUUUUCCUGAUCAACACCCAAGGAGUCGUAUACACAGAAGUGCCAACGCACAACAUGGUUUUUCUUUCUUCCUACCAUUUGACAGAUAUAGACAAGCCGAGUCUUGUCAUUUCAAAAUAACUGAUUGUCCAAGAACAGAAUGUGUUAGACCUUUAGUUGAGUGGGACUUUCAUUUGGGGAAAGAUGAAGCUUACUCUCCCAUUUUUAAUCGAGAACCUGAAAGGAAUCUGUACUCAGGAUUUUCCUCCUCUUGGACUGUUGAUGAAAACCGAACUUUAGGUCAUGUGUUAGACUCCAGAAGUUUUCCAAACUAUUUUGUAGAGUUCGACUCACUGCCCAACACUGGACUGGAUUUAGAAGCAAAUUUCAAAGACGUGAAGAGUACAUUGAUUGAACCAGGGCAGUUUUCUCUAGCUUUACCUUCCACUCCAAGAUAUAUCACACUAGGAGAGGAUACAAACGCAGGCGGAAAUAUAAUCUGUGACCAAAACAUGUUUUUCUCCUACAGCGACCACCAAUGGCUUCAGAACAAGCCUCAAAGUGAAUUUUGGCAGAAAGACUCAUUGGCUUUGGAUUUCUAUGCAGAAGAUUAUCCUUCGACUUUUCAUGCUUGGCAGUUUCCAGAAAACGAGAGCAAUUUGAGCUCUCUUUCAAAACUAGAGGCAGAUGCUCGGGGAAAUUUAGCUCUGUUUUCUGGAGGUUUGUCUUUUAACCGUAAUUCUCGAUCUUAUGAUCUUCAACCCUCUCUUGAUAGGCUCAUGAACCGUCCUUUGUUGCUGGAUCACAUCAGUAGAGAAAGGUCUGGCCAAGAAUUAUUUUGUAAUGUUGAUGAUGAUGAUGACUGAGAUACUGAACUGUAAUGUAUAUGAAUAAGUUGUACUUGUCGACAGGUUGAGUUUGCUGGCAUUGUUGGCUACGAGGAUUACACAGUUUCUUCAUUAUAGUUUUGUUCUUUGAGUGCAUUAGUCAUGCAUGUCAUGAAGUCUCUAGGUGGAUCUCAUUCUCAAGCAUUUCACUUCCAGCACUAGUGUUGUAUUAUCUCAUGAGAG